CCUGGCCAAAGAAGGUUGAGUUUACACUAUAGCCAAAAGAAUGGAAAACAGUCCUCUUCAUGGAGGAUGGUCCUCAACCUCCCUCUAGAUCAAUUGGCUGCAAAGCUCAGUCCCCACCCACCACAUCUUCCCCACUCCUCAUCCUGAGUCACCUUUUUGGAUUUUGGAAGUGGAGCGCCAUGGGGACUCUAAAUGAUCAGGCAGUGUUACAGGCCAUCUUCAACCCUGACACCCCAUUUGGAGACAUUGUUGGGUUGGACUUGGGAGAGGAAGCUGAGAAAGAAGAUGAGGAUGGUGUUUUCCCUCAAGCACAGUUGGAGCAGUCCAAGGCUCUGGAGCUGCAGGGGGUGAUAGCAGCUGAGGCUGGUGACCUCAGCACAGCCCUGGAGAGGUUUGGCCAAGCCAUCAAUCUGUUGCCUGAGAGGGCGUCAGCCUACAACAAUCGAGCCCAGGCCCGGAGACUCCAAGGAGACGUGACAGGAGCCCUGGAGGACCUGGAGCGCGCCGUGACGCUGAGCGGCGGGCAGGGCCGCACUGCCCGCCAGAGCUUUGUACAGCGCGGGUUACUGGCGCGGCUGCAGGACCGGAAUGACGACGCCCGCAGGGACUUCGAGCGAGCAGCGCGGCUGGGCAGCCCCUUCGCGCGGCGCCAGCUGGUAUUGCUCAACCCGUACGCCGCGCUGUGCAAUCGCAUGCUGGCCGACAUGAUGGGGCAGCUGCACGGCCCCAGCGACAGACGCUGAACCCGCCCGCGGGCCAGGGAAUGGCGCGCCCUAAACCAAUAAAGCUGCCGACUC